AUUAACAGGUGAACAAAACUCAACGCGGCUCAAUUUUUACACCGCAAUUCCAGGCUUUUCCCUCGCUUGCAACUCAUUUAUCCUUUCACUUUACUCUUUAUAUUAUCAAAAUUCCUCUCUCCCUCAUCACUUCUUCUUCUUCUUCCAUUUCCAAAUCUUCGAAUCUAACAACAAAAAGAUCGAAAUCCAUGGCUAGGGUUAUCAUUCUCUUUGCUCUCAUUAUGCUUCCUGCACUCGCCCUCGCAAGCCGCCCUGUCAGAACUCCGUUUGUUGUUCGUGGUAAAGUUUUCUGUGAUACUUGCCUUGCCGGCUUUGAAACCUCCGCUACUACCUACAUUCCCGGUGCUAAGGUCAGAAUUGAAUGCAAGGACAGGAACUCCAUGGAACUUCAAUACACUCAUGAGGCCACAACGGACUCCACCGGUUCUUACACUCUCUUAGUCAAUGAGGAUCAUGGGGAUGAACUUUGUGAUGCCGUACUAGUCAGCAGCCCUCAGGAGAAAUGUUCAUCAGUAUCAGAAGGCCGUGACCGUGCCCGUGUGAUCCUGACCCGUUACAAUGGUAUUGCCUCAAACGAACGAUAUGUGAAUGCCAUGGGUUUUGCGAUGGAUGAACCUAUGUCUGGGUGCAACCAAGUGAUGAGUCAGUACCAGGACAUUGAAGAUUAGAGAAGUGGUUUUAGAGCUACAAAUCACUUAGUUGUAUUUCUUUGGCCUGAUCUGCUUAAGCUAAUGUUGUGCCCCAUUUCUGGCUGGACACUGAAACGGAGUUUGUUAUAUUGCAUUCUUAAAGUCAAGAUGAUUAAUAUGUUUUGUUCAUUCACUUUAUUAUUGUCAUGAUCAGGAUGAUACUAUGAUCCUUAUUUAUGAAUACAAAAUAGUCAAAACAGCCUUCGUUUUCGUUUUCUA